AUGAUUCAACGCUAUAUAUUCCUGUGCGCUCUGAUGAGUCUUCAGAGUUACGCCAUUACUAUUGGUCCAGUUGCUGACCUGGUCAUUUCAAAUGCCCAAGUAUCUCCUGACGGAUUCAUCAAGUCGUCAUUCUUGCCAGGGGGCACUCUCCCAGGUCCUAUUAUAACCGGUCAUAAAGGGGAAACAUUCAAAAUCAACGUCACCAAUCAUUUAAGCGACGAAACAAUGCUCACAAGUACCAGCAUCCACUGGCAUGGACUAUUCCAACGCCACAGUAACCAAAUGGACGGCACAGCAUUUGUGACGCAAUGCCCGAUCUCUCCUGGUCAUUCCUUUCUGUACGAGUUCAACGCUGGCGACCAAGUAGGAACCUACUGGUACCACUCUCAUUAUGGAGCCCAAUACUGUGACGGUUUACGAGGUGCACUAAUUAUCUACAACCCAAAAGACCCAUACCGCUUCUUGUAUGAUAUUGAUGAUGAGUCUACCGUCAUCACGCUAAUGGACUGGUACCACUUACCAUCCCCUCAAGUACAGAGACAGGUGAUCCCAGACUCGGUGCUUAUCAAUGGUCUCGGGAGUUAUCUAGGAGGGCCAGAUACACCUUACGCCGUCGUUAACGUUCGGCCAUUCAAGCGAUAUCGAUUUCGCUUACUGAACAUGGCGUGCAAGCCCAAUUAUAUGUUCUCGAUCGAUGGCCAUACGCUAACCAUAAUCGAAGCUGAUGGUCAAUACGUCGAGCCGCUCGUGGUUGAGUCUCUCCAGAUUUACGCCGGACAGAGGUACUCCUUCAUUCUUGAAGCAAACCGACCUAUCGACAACUAUUGGGUGCAUGCGGUCCCUGACAUAGGUAUCAACUCCAUGGCUAUCUUACGAUAUGCAGGCUCUCCCAAUGCAGACCCUAAGUUCAGGAUGACUCCAAAUCUGGUCCCUUUACGGGAGACUGACUUACACCCCUUAUAUCCACCUCCGCCCACGCUGCUUCGGGAAGACGCAGACAUCAAGCUCAACAUCGUUCUUGGACAAAACGAGACUAGUUUCAACUUUCUCGUCAACGGCGUGCAGUAUACUUCUCCUAGUAUCCCUGUCCUGCUACAGUUGCUGAACGGUGAUGUGUCGACUUCUGAAAUGGCACCCAGCGGUUCCAUAUACUUCCUACCAAGGAACAAGGUGAUCGAGAUCUCAUGGCUUCCUAAUUUAGCCCCAGCCGGUCCUCACCCAUUUCAUUUGCACGGACACAGAUUCGCUGUCAUCAAAAGUGCUGGCAGUAGGGAAUACAACUACGUCAACCCCGUGUUGCGCGAUACAGUGAACACCGGCUUUCUUGAUGACUACGUGACCAUCCGCUUUGUCACUGAUAAUCCUGGGCCGUGGUUGUUGCACUGUCAUAUUGAUUGGCAUCUGUAUGCCGGGAUGGCUUUGGUAUUUGCAGAGGAUCCUCAUGGUGUAGCGGCUUCGCAGCCUCUCAGUAAUUCUUCGAAGCGGCUCUGUCCGAUAUAUUACAGCCUUCUUCAACAAAAUUUCCCUCUGCCACCUCCGAACUGA